CUCAGGACAACCUCUCCGUUCACUACCCGUCGAGUCAUAACGCUGGCGGCGCAUCUCCUACAGCGCACCACAGAGGAGAUAUUCGUCAAAAUCCCGAUUCCUCGCGCUUCUUCUUCAUUCCGUCCUCGUGUAUUUUCUUUCCCGGAGGCGUGUCGCGCGUUGCAACCCUCUAGCUUCAGCUUGUUCGCGACUUCUGACCUUACUCACCGGUCUGCAUUUGGAAGCCGCGCAUCGAUUGCCUCGCCCCACGCUGCCAAUCGUGUCACUCGAUCGCGGAUCGAUUGAGACUACGUCAACACGAGCACUAGAAUUAGUCGCAUAUAAUACGAAGAGCUUGGGUUAAUAACGCGCCGACGCGUUGUUGGAGGCAGGAUACGGCCAACAUCGCUGACGACGACACGACGACGACCCGCUUCUCUCCUCCGAGCAUUCUGCGCCUUGGAAACCGUCACGAUGUUCUUCCUCUACAAUAUGGAGCGCAGGGUCACCCUGCACCCCUCCUACUUUGGCCGGAACAUGCACGAGCUGGUGACGAGCAAGUUGCUGAAGGACGUGGAAGGCACCUGCGCAGGAAGUUACUACAUCAUUUCCAUCAUGGAUACCUUCGAUAUUUCCGAGGGUCGCAUUCUCCCAGGCAGUGGCCUGGCCGAGUUCACGGUGGGAUACCGAGCUGUGGUUUGGCGACCCUUCAAGGGCGAGACGGUUGAUGCUGUGGUCUACUCAGUCAACCACCAGGGCUUUUUCGCCCAGGCGGGACCUCUGCGGUUAUUCGUGUCGGCACAUCUGAUCCCGUCCGAGAUCAAAUGGGAUCCCAAUGCGACACCGCCGCAGUUCACCAACAAUGAGGAUACCAUCAUUGAACCAGGAACCCACGUGCGUGUCAAGGUGAUUGGUACGCGCACAGAAGUCGGUGAGAUGUGGGCGAUCGGCAGCAUUAAGGAGGACUAUCUCGGGUAUGUCAAUAUCUGCGAAGCCUUGACUGGGUCUAACUCACAUAUCCUCGCAAAAGCUGCCUCCAGGACUAAACGUCACCCGCAAUGGGGAAGAGUAAGGAGAAGGGCCACGAACGACCACGCCCAACGCGACCUAUACAAACUUUGGUCGGCGAGAGGUGGGUAUUCGACACUCUACGCGAGUGGAUCUUUGGCCGUCUAUGGCAACAAGUGUUGCUCAGAGCAAUCCUUUUGGACAAGGCUCGGACGAACAUAUCAAGAGAGUCGUCUUUGGGCCACAAACGAGACAUCGCUACGCUGACCAAUCUGCAUCCGGGAAGUCAAACAUAGAGAAAAGUUUGGAGAGAGAGAAAAGAGGGCAUACACAUGCCUACAUCGUACAUGGCCGGCGCAUUUUUUGCGAUCCGCAGCGUCAGAUCUGGGUUCCUGAAAGUUGUACAAUAAGCUGUUGCUUUCCCACAUUCAACGAAAUAAAAAAGAGCAAAGCUACGAGCAAACGCAACUUCGCCCGGGUAGGCUUCUGGAGCGGC